CGGAGCCGGGGUGCUGUGCAGGGGAGCCGGGGUGCUGUGCAGGGGAGCCGGGAGCAGGGGCUGGCCGGGAGUGCCCUCCUGGCCAGGGCACGGCUGUGCCUGACACGUGCCGGGCCUGGCUCCGGGAUCACCGAGGUGCCAGAGCCCUCCUUCGGCAGCUUCUGCUCAAUUGGGAACCCCCCACGUGCCAUUCGGGGUUGGUUUAUGUUUCUGUGUGAGUUUCAAGAUCAGCAUUUUAGAAUGCCGAAAAUGAUUGUGGAGAAAAAAGAAAAGAAGGCAGAAAAAAGAAAAAAGCUGAAGCAACAUGUGGCCCAAAAGGACCAGCUGGAAUUGGAAACUAAACCAGCAAAGAAGAAGAAGCUGCAGGCUACAAAAGAAGAGGAAGAGCUUAUUGCAGAGGAAGAACUUACUCCAGAGGAAAAGAGAAAACUGGAAAGAAAAUUAAAAAAAGAACGCAAGAAGAAGGAGAAACAGCUGAUGAGGGAAGCUGGAAUCCCCAUUAAAAAGGUGCAGCCCAAAAAGCCAUCGGGAUCUGAGCGGGCUCUGGCCUAUUUAACCAGCUGGUCUAAAAACCCAGAAAAAUGGAAGUUUCAAAAGACAAGACAGACGUGGCUUCUCCUGCACAUGUAUGAUAAAGAGAAGGUUCCAGACAAGUAUUUCCCCAUUUUACUGGAUUAUCUGCAAGGUCUUCAGGGUGGUGCACGAGACAAAACUGUGCAGAAGGCUGAAGCUUUUAUGAAGGAAUUUGAUGGGUCUGAUGGAGAAGACCCAAACCUUCUGGAGAAGUGCGAGCGCAUCAGACAAGUUCUACAACUGCUGUCCUGAGUGUAUUUCUGUGUCAUAAUUGUUGUCUGGUGGAGGGAAGGAGAGGAUGUCACAUACAGAGGCUUUAAAGGAUUUGUAAAGAUAAAACUAAAUUUUAUACUUGCAAUUUUUUCCAACUGAAAAUAUUUAUCGUGUUCGGAGAUGAUGAAAUAAAAAUAACAUAUACAGCCCAUAGUCUUGCUAUUAAUCUUACUGCACCUCCUUAGAAAAAUAAACCUCUCUCCCUCUCAUUAGUUUUUCUCCAUCUCCCCCUCUAAUUUCUGUUAAAUAUGAGGAACUUUGCAGCUCUUAAUAAGAAGAGCAAAGGAACCAACAGAAAGCCUGGAGGGUCUUUUACAAUGGCAGCUUUUAAAAUGAGUGUACAGUACAGUGCGUGCUCAGCCAGCUGUAAUCUCUCACUUUCAGCUUCAGAAGGAUGUCACUUGGAUUUGGGAAGGAUCAUUUUCAGUCUGUUGAACAUGGGUUGUACAUUUGCUUAUUAGUACUUCACACGGUGAUCUGGAGAUACCAUCAGCUUUGUUGGUUUUCCUUUUAUAUUUUAAAGUUUUCAAAUGCAUUAGGGCAAUUGUUUAGAUACUCAGAUAAUGCACAGAUGGGAACAGAUCAAAUCCUUGACUAUAUGUGGUGAAAUCAUCAAAUUGUAGCAAAACUUAGCCUACAAUCAGAAGUGCUGUGCUGUAUCCAGCCUGCCAAUAUUGCAUUUUCCUCCUGCAACUGGCAUCCAAAAGAGUUAAUUCACGUUCAUUCCUUUUGACAUGGGGCAUUUGUCUCUUAUGAACGUGCUGAAAAUGAGGCUUUCAAAUAAAAACCAAGGACAUGAAUUACUCAAA